CGGUUGGCCAAGAAUGAAAGAGCUGGUUAUCAUUGGCUCUUGCAUGCUUCUCCCUCCAAGUCCAAGCCCAACUCCCCACCAUUCCACCAAGCAAAAGCACUCGUCACUGAGUCCCACCAGACUAUCUCCCGCCAAAUUAUCAUGCUCAUCCGUCGACUCCACCGCCGCCCCUCGUCCACCUCUGCUCACGAGUGUCCGUCAGGAUCUGACGCCACGCCAUCGGAACCGCUUGAAAUACUAUGCCGACCUCGCCUCGAAGCUCGCCGAGGAUGGCAAGCUCGAAGAUUUCUUGAUGAUCGCCGAGACCGUUUUGGUUUCUGGAACACCACAUUGGCAGUUUGUUGCUUCACUGAGUGUGAAACUUGUAUCUGCGGGGGUUUCAGGUUUUCUUCGUGAUGGCAAGAGACAGACUUUCAUUGAUUUUUUCUAUAGGGUCGAUAAGCUAGGGCUUCGCCCAUCGGCUCUGAUCGACGGUUCGGGAAGGAAGCUUCUUGCACGAGAAUGUCGCCGGCUUGCAGAUGAUGGUAAAUUGGAGGAUGUUGUUGGUUUGAUGGAAAUUCUUUCAGGUUUUGGAUUUUCUAUUAAAGAAUUUGUGGACCCAUUUAGAAUUGUAAAUAUGUGUGUUGAGAGGUGUGACCCAGACAUGGCCAUAAGGUAUGCAUGUAUUGUUCCACAUGCACAUGUUAUAUUCAGUUAUGCAAUUCAUGAAUUUGGGAAGAAACGGGACUUGAUGUCUGCUUUGAAUGUGUUUGAUGCAUCCAAGUGCAACUCAAAUGGUCCAAACAUGUAUACUUGGCGUGCUAUGAUUGAUGCUUGCGGUCAUUGUGGUGACUACUUGAAAUCUAGAUACAUUUAUGAGGAGUUGCUCACUCAGAAGGUCACCCCAAAUAUAUACGUUUUCAAUAGUAUCAUGAAUGUGAAUGCCAAGGACUUGAGUUUCACCUUGCAUGUCUACAAGCAAAUGCAAAAUUUAGGUGUCUCUGCAGAUGUGACAUCUUAUAACAUUCUCUUGAAAGCAUGUUGCCUUGCUGAAAGAGUUGACUUGGCACAAAAAAUCUAUAUUGAAAUGGAGCAUAAGGCAUCAACAGGGGAACUGAAGUUGGAUGUCUUCACAUACAGCACUAUUAUUAAGGCCUUUGCAGAUGCAAAAAUGUGGCAAAUGGCACUGAAAGUCAAAGAAGACAUGCUUAGCUCUGGUGUUACUCCUAAUAUGUUUACAUGGUCAUCAUUGUUAAGUGCAUGUGCCAAUGUGGGUCUUGUAGGGAAAGCAAUUCAAGUAUUUGAAGAGAUGCUUCAGGCUGGUUGUGAACCUAAUUCGCAAAGUUGCAAUAUCCUUCUUCAUGCCUGUGUUGAGGCCUACCAGUAUGAUAGAGCUUUUCGCAUGUUCCAGCUCUGGAAGGAAAGUGGAAUCCAGAAGAUUUUCCAGUCUAAAGAGAGUAGUGCGAGUACAGGCAACCUAGUCACUGAAGGUGCAGGUGAAAACUAUAAUAUGCCAAGUGACAUCUCUGAUACGGAACACUUGUGCAUAGAUAAGGUGGUUCCUUUUACACCCACAACUGCUACAUAUAAUAUAUUGAUGAAGGCUUGUGGUACUGACUAUUGUCGUGCAAAAGAUUUGAUGGAUGAAAUGAAGUUAGCAGGUCUUUCUCCCAAUCACAUAAGCUGGUCAAUUUUGAUUGAUGUUCGUGGAAGAUCAGGAGAUGUAGGAGGUGCUCUUCAGGCACUGAAGAUUAUGCGUGAAGCUGGACCUGAACCCGAUGUUAUUGCAUAUACAACGGCCAUCAAGGCUUGUGUAAAGAAUAAAAAUUUGAAGGUAGCAUUUUCAUUAUUUGAAGAAAUGAAAAGAUAUGGAUUAAAACCAAAUUUGGUGACAUAUAAUACACUCUUACGAGCUCGUAGAAGAUAUGGGUCCUUGCAUGAAGUGCAACAAUGCCUAGCUAUAUAUCAAGACAUGCGGAAAGCAGGGUAUAGUGCCAAUGAUUAUUUUCUCAAGGAGCUAAUUGAGGAAUGGUGUGAAGGAGUAAUACAGGACAACAAUCAAGAUCAAAGUCUUUUGAGGCUGGGAAGUUCUUGUAACAAAUCUGGCAUAGAGAAACCUCAAAGUCUGCUUCUUGAAGUGGUUGCAGCACACCUACAAAAGGACAUUGCAGACAACCUGGUGGUUGACCUUCGGGGGCUUACAAAGGUUGAAGCUCGGAUUGUUAUUCUUGCAGUUUUGCGGAUGAUGAAAGAGAGAUGCACCCUAGGACAUGCAAUCAAAGAUGACAUGGUUAUCAUCUUAGGAGUCAGGAAGGAAGGUGUUGGUGCUGCCAACCAUGAGGUUGAGGUGCAGAAUGUGAUAAUCAAACUUCUUCGAGAUGAAUUGGGGCUUGAAGUUGUUGGUGCAGGAUCUAGAAUUCCUCAUGUUAAACAUGAUGUUGGAAGCUCUGUCAGAAUAGAUCUAGACCAUGGAAAUUUGGGAAAAAACGGGCUACUGGUGGAGUGUGAAUCUUUGGCCAGAAGACCUGUGGUUUUGCAAAGGUUGAAAGUCACAAAAAAAUCAUUGUAUUAUUGGCUACAAAGAAGCAUUGGUGCCACUAGAAGAUAAGAAUCACACAACUUAUCAACCCAAUUUUGUCUGUUUUCUGUCAUGAUUGCUUAUGCAUGUAUUUAUUUAUUAUUUUUUUUUAUUUCAAAGCAGAACACUUUGCAGCUGUCAAUACAAGAACAAUAAUCAACAUUGUAAUACAGUCAUAGUGUGAGCCUAUUAAAGUGUAAUAUGCAAGUUCUGAAAAUGGAAUAAGUCUUCCCCUUCUUUUCA